AUGGCGGACUCUAAACCGGAGAGAAAGAACUUCGACCUGAUCAAGCGCGGCGUCAAGAAACCUAAUGUGCCGGGCACCCUUACUUUCCUUGGCCUCCGCGGCCUCGACCCGUUCCUCCAAUACCAGCUCGUCGCCGGCGGCCUGGGCGCCUCUAUUCUCGGCAAGAUUGGCGUACGCUCCAUCCCGCUGAAUGUCGCCGCGCUCUCCACGACGGGCAUCUCCCUCCUCGACAACCUUCGCCUCCCACUGCCGCACCUGAUCCUCCUCGGCAUGUCCGUCGGCUCCUUUGUCAAGCAGGCCUACUGGCUCGUCGCCCUGUCGGCCGAGGAGUUCCCUGUCUCGAGCGCUGUCAGUGUGAGCUUUUACAACACUCUCGUCAACACCGCGAACUCGCUUCUCCUCGUUGCCGCCUCCACCUCCGUCCUCACCUCGCCCCGUGACUUCCCGGGCACCACCCUGCCCUACCAGGUUGUCCUCGGUAGCGCCCUCUACGUCGUCGGCAUGUUCCUCGAGACCGCCUCUGAGUGGCAGCGCAAGCAGUUCAAGGACAAGCCCGAAAACAAGGGCAAGGUCAUCAAGAGCGGUCUCUGGAGCUGGGCGCGCCACAUCAACUAUGGCGGCUACGCCAUGUGGAGGGCUGGGUACUGCAUGGUCGCGUCGGGUUUCAUUGGCGGUACCAUCAUGGGCGUGUGGCAGGCGGUUGAUUUCCUCACGCGCGGCGUGCCGGCGUUGAACGAAUACUGCUCGAAGCGGUAUGGGGAGCAGUGGACGCAGUUCAAGAAGGAGGUGCCGUGGGUUUUGAUUCCGGGCAUCUACUAA